AUGAAUAAUAGCACACUCGAAUCGUAUGUGCUUAUAUCAGAUGUGGCCAUUUUGUGGCGUAAUGUACUGGUUGGUGCACUAAUGUUCGCAACCAUAGUGGUGACCGUGUUGGGGAAUAUUUUGGUUGUAUUUGCUGUUCUUCGCGAGCAUCACAUGAGAUCCAAUUUAACGAAUCGAUUCCUGGUAUCCUUAGCAGUGGCUGAUCUACUCAUGGGUGGUGUUGUGAUGCCGUUUGCAGUGGUGCUUACACUUCAGGAUGGAUAUUGGCCUUAUGGAAGAAACUGGUGUGAUUUAUGGCAUGCGUUUGAUGUGUUGUGCUCUACGGCGUCUAUCAUGAACUUAUGCGCCAUAGCAGUCGAGAGAUUCUGGGCCACCGAAAACCCAAUUAGCUACGCGUCAGAGAAAACGCGUCGUCGUUGUACCAUCAUGCUAAUUUGCGUGUGGGUAUGUUCGACUACUAUAUCUUUUCCCGCUAUCGCGUGGUGGCGCAGAACCAGUGACUACUUUGCGGGUGGUCCAAACGAGUGUAAUUUCACGAGCGAUCAAAUCUACCUGAUCAGUUCUUCUCUCGUCUCAUUCUAUAUUCCUUUGAUCGUGAUGACAUCUGUCUAUUUCAAAAUUUAUCAAACUGCCACGAAACUAACCCGAAGCUUACGCAUAGGUGAGAAAGUGGUUCCAUAUGAUAUUGGAAAAAAGAACCGAACGCAAAACUGGAAACGUGCAGCUCAGUCAGCCAGAACGACUGGACGAAAUGUAUUCUCAUCAGUGUCCCGUUUGGACAACCCAGUGGACAAGGUUAUUCUACGGAUUCAUCGUGGUGUUAAACCAAAACCAAAUGUGAAAUUUAACGUGCCAAAUCAAAGCAAACAAAACACCAUACACAGUAAUUCUCCAUCCUCUUCACAUGGUGUAGCCGUAAUGCGAAAUGCGGCAAAUCCUAUAGGAGGCAGUUUGUUCCCCCAAAAUGCAUUCACCUGUGGAAAUUGUCAAGGUUGUUUGUCUAAAAACUCGAUGCAUGACUUUACUCCAGAUUCGGUACAACCAAUUGCGCCGAAUAAAUUGUCUUGUGCAAACAAUGCCAAAACUCGAACAUGUAUGUCCUGCUGUUUGAUGAUCAACGAAAACAUUCCGCUAACUGAACGGAGAAAUAUUGAUCUGUGUGACUCGACUAAUAUUCCUUCGGACGAUUUACCGUACACGCAAAUUCUUGCCCGUGGAAAAAUCACCUCACAACCAUCGAUAGCUCGUCUGAUUAUGAAAGACACUCCGGAUUCGGGUCAGUCUCGUGCGAAACAGUGGGUGAGUCGUCUGCGCAUUUUUGCCGCAACCACUAGAAUCAGCAAAUUUGUGCGAGAACAGAAAGCUGCCAAAACUCUUGGUUUGGUGAUGGGAUUAUUCAUUUGCUGCUGGUUGCCAUUUUUUGUGUGUAAUAUUUUCGUGGCAUUCAAUCCACAUCUACCGGUUGAGAGCAUCACCUUUCAGCAUGUGAUGACUGUUGUUACAUGGCUUGGAUAUAUCAACUCCGGAAUCAACCCCAUCAUAUACGCACAUUCAAUGCGCGAAUUUCGACGAGCAUUCAAGCGUUUGUUAUGCUCGUGGUGGUGGAAUCAUAGCAAACAAAGGUAUUAUAAUUCGGGGAAAGUAAAUCGUUCUGCUGGUUCGCGAAGGCACCAUACUAUUAAUAUUCCAAUGAAUCUUGAAAGAGUAAACAACAUGAAUUUUUGUACCGCAAAAUCAGGUCAACGCGAUUGCCUACAACUGGCUACCGAACAUCAGAAACAAGGGGAUUUGGUUCAUUUUGAUGUUCAUUUGCCCAGCAAACGUGAAUAUUUGACUGCACACAGUGAACAAGGUAUGCAUGCUUACCCACCUGUGUGGCCAAACUGUGAUGGAAUAUCAGACACCGGGCAAGUGGUGAAAACGGUUGAAUGGUACAGCGGCCCACCAAGUUUAGCCAGCCCUGCGUUGGUUAGUCCCGUAUGCUCCAACAAACACGGCUUGAAAAUCAACUCUCGUGUUCUUUCCGCGUCACAUAUCCCUCGCACCACCAUCGGUGCAGCAGUGAACCCGAAAACUUCAGGAGUGUGUGCUGAGGCCAAUUUCUGA